AUGAAUAAAAAAAUGAAAAACAGAAUCUGCAAAGGAAUGGAAUUUAAACAGCAGCUUGAGCAAAAGAAAGCAAGCAACAAACGGAUUACAAGGGAUGGUUCUGUACAUGUUCAAGAAUCGCUGCAGAUUUUGCAACACAGACAAGAAACAUUAAAAGAGCAAAUGGCUGUAGCCAAGAUGAAAGGUGAUGAUGCCAUGAUGCGCAAUAUUCAGGUCCAACUUGAAUCAAUAGCUGCUAAGUACAUAAUGCUUUUACGUGAGCAAACAGGACAGGAUAUGUUUCAAUUGUCUGAGAGACGUCCAUCUACCACAGCUUGCAGAUUGUACUCUGAAGAGCAGAAUUCAAAAAGCCCUCCUGCAGACACUAUGGAUGGACAAGCUGAGAAACCACUGAACCUCAGGAUCUCUGACCAGCAGAGUCGGCAAAUAAUGCAGCAAAUGGUAUCCAGAGAAGAUCUACAGCUUGCUAAGCAAGUGUCAAAUGAAUUAAGCAGAUUUUAUUCUAGCAAUCCAAGAGAAUCUCACUCUUCAGAAAACAUAGGCACCUUGAAGGAGUUUUGUCAGACAGUCCUAAAUCACACAGAAAAGAAGGAUGAAGCAUUCAAAUCUAUCAAAAUAGAGCCUGAAGAUGUCAGAUAGCCUUCUCCUGUUCUUCAAAAUGGCAUCAGCAAGCACAGUUACAAGAGCCUUAAUGACCAAUGUUGCCUCAUCUUUGUUCCAUUAUUGUGGUUCCUGUUUUUUAAAGUUACUGUGAACGAUGGUUUGAUAGUUCAGCAGAAAACUGAAUAAUUUCCAACCUGAUAGUUCAGUGUUGACUAUGUAUGUUCAAUAAAUACUAUAAGCAGCUGGUCUUAGCAGUGAGAUAAACAGCUUAAUGAAUAAUCUAUUUAAUGUUAUUUAAGGAUUGGGAAUGAAGAAAACGGUACCCAGUCUUGAAAAUACUUAAUACAUUGUUUAGUUUUCCUUACUAGGUACCAGCUUAAAAUGAUGUAUUGCCUUUCUCUAUAAGCUAGUCUAGCAUAAAGUUUAAUAAAUCCUUCUUGAUAGUUAUAUACUUCUACUCACAUCUAAAAUGGUGUGCAGUACACAUAUAAUGUCAAAAAUUUUACGUUUGUUUAUCACUAAUGAGGGAUGUGGGAUGGAAUCUGAUAAAGGAACUGAGGUUUGAUGAAUUAAUCUCGUUGAGGUGAUCCAAUAUGGGCCACAGUCUAAGUACAACUGUUGAAUCUCUGUGUAAUAAAGGGGAAGGAAUAAAUGUGUGAAAGGUCACUCCAGAUGCUGUUGGGUAUUUCAGGCACGGUUGCUAAAGCUAUCCACACAUAUCUGAAGUGGUGAUUAGGUUUUGAGCAGUGUGUCUGUGAACUUACUUAAACAGAAUAACUGUCCAGAAGUUGCAUUUCUAUUUAGUUGGUUGGCAGACUACAAAUCAGGAAAUUCCCACAUUCCUAAUUAAACUGGGGAAAGGUCAUAACUUGAAACAUUUCUAAUUAAAAUGCACAAUUGUUUAGUAGUUACUUCUGUUCAUGUACAUUGUCCAUUGAGUUUUUUAUUAGAUUUACUUGUAUUACUCCAUAGUUUAUACUACUUUUCUUUUCACAAAAUAUUGCAGCAUCUCACUUUUCUUCUUCACGUGAUGGGGGAACUGGAUUGAAAUAGUCAAUACAGACUUUAGUCUGAAGGGUUGUCUUUGCAACGUUUCAAUUAGACACAGCGAUAAUAAUGCUGAGAUUCAAAUCUGAAUUAAAGAUUUGUAAACUGUAUUUUUUUUUGCUUUGUUUUCUGCUUGUAUUUUGUUCGGUGUGCCUUCUGUCUGAAGUCAUGUUGCAUUUUGCUGGUGGAGAAUUUAACUGAUCAAAGUCCAGAUAUUUUAAUCUGGUCAUGCAGGCAGCCAAAGCCCUGUAGUAUUUUUACUACAGACAGACCACAAAUCAUUAUAAAUACAGCAUUAAAGAGAAGACCCCACAUUAAAAUGCAAUAAUUACACAAAUAAUGCUGAUUAUUCUGAAGAUUCCAAUAGCUGGUUGUACAUUCCUGUUCAAAACGUGUAAUUUGACUUUGGUAGCUGCAUACGAGUAUCAUUUUAUAUUACCUGUAGUUAACUGGAGAAUAGCUGUAGAGUAUUACUCUGUUGUAGUGGCAGAUUAGCUCUUAAAGGGAAUUGAGAGCAAUUCCCUAUGGUACAAUUCAACUAAUUUGAAAACUGUGUUGUACUUUAUUGCCAUGAAAUGUUCUCUUGAACUUCGACCUGUAAUGUACUGAUGUUGCUAUAAUACUGUCUUUAGUAUGUCUUGACCGUUAGCCAAAAGUACGUUAGAACAUAGUUUAAACUGUGCCUCCCUCAGCUCUUUUGAUCUGUAAAAUGUUAGAAACUGUAAAGUGAUCAACAGUACACAUACUCUAAUAACAUAACCAAUAAUAUGUUAGUAUUAAUGUUUCCGUUUGGAAUUCAGUAUAAAGAACGUUACAAGGGUCAGAGGAUGCCUGGGAGAAUAGUAGAAUGUUCUCGUGGUCUGUACUGUUUGAAAUUGCUACUUAAAAGGCAAAGGGCCAGUGUUAAUUAUACUGAGUGGUCUGAAAAUACAGUAUAGGUUGUUGAAUAAACACUAAUGUAUUUAAUUUGUUAUAUAAACAUUAAAAUAUAUUUUUGGAGUUCUAA